UCAACUCAAAGUCAAAAAAAAAAAAUCAAGGUUGCAGCAGCUCCCUCCUUUACAUUGUUUUGCCUGCACCUGCUGUAUGUGACUGGCUGGAGCAGAAGGCAGCAGCAGCAGCAACAGCAGCAGCAUUCGUAACACCUCCGAUGAGAAUAGUAGUAAAGGGAGGAAAUGAGCAAAGCAUCUCCCGUGUGGAAGCCUGUAUUCUUCAGCAGAUCCCGACCAAUACCACUGCAUCUGAUGCCUCUCUCCCACAAGAGCUUCUGGUAGUUUGAAGGUAACAAAACAACCUGGAAGCCCACAAGAACAUCAGAAGGGGAGGCGGUUACGGAGGAAGGCACUUUGAAAAGAAUCCAUUAUGGACAGGGAGUCUUUCGGGCGAAGGUGCCAUUAUUUUUGUUCCCUGUUUGCGGAGAUAAAAGGAGCCGGCAAGGAGAAUCUUGGAGAAUUCUUCAGGGGCCUUUCUGUCAUUGUUCUCUCUUCCCCCUUGUGCAUCACGACGUGCUGACCUUUUCCAGUGGAAUUUGAGCCCCCCACCACCCUACCCCCAGUUCCAGCUGACAGGAAGAGCUCUCCCUCCCCACCCCCGCCAGCACAUACCCCUCUUCCACAGACACUUCCAUUUGAAUAGAAGAUGCAUCUUUUGGCUGAAAUUCUUUUGUUGUGACAUUGCCUUGUAGCCAGUUGUCUCACCACAGGAAAUAAAAGGAAAAAAAGAAAAGAAAAGAAAAAGACAAAAGGAAAUUCUUCCCGAAGCAGGGAAGGAAACUAAAACAAAAGCAAAACAAAAUAACACUACGGAGAUCUAGAAGAUCACAAACCUCCAACUUUAGAAGAAAAUGCACCAUUAAACCUCCCCCCCCCCACAAUCAAUCAAUAACAAUGAACAGUCACAGUCUUUCAUCUGGAUACAGCUUCUAAAGGAGAGCUUUGGCUUGAUACUGGGUCUCUGGCCUGUAUGAUGCCUGAAGAUAGAAAUGGUGGGGUCCGCACCUCAGGGGCCUUAGCAUCGGCUCCUUUCAUUCCUAAAACUACCUAUAGGAGAAUUAAACGGUGCUUUAGUUUUCGCAAAGGUAUCUUUGGACAGAAGCUGGAAGACACAGUCCGGUAUGAGAAGCGAUAUGGGAAUCGUCUGGCUCCCAUGUUGGUGGAGCAGUGUGUGGAUUUUAUCCGACUGCGAGGGCUGAAGGAGGAAGGGCUCUUUCGACUUCCGGGCCAGGCUAACCUUGUCAAAGAGUUACAGGAUGCAUUUGACUGUGGAGAGAAGCCAUCAUUUGACAGCAGUACGGAUGUGCACACAGUGGCAUCGCUUCUCAAACUGUAUCUAAGAGAACUCCCAGAACCGGUUAUCUCCUAUGCAAAAUAUGAGGAUUUUCUUUCCUGCGCCAAAUUGCUCAGCAAGGAAGAGGAAACGGGGGUGAAGGAAUUAGUGAAACAAGUAAAGAGCCUGCCACCUGUCAAUUACAAUCUACUGAAAUAUAUCUGUAGAUUCCUGGAUGAAGUCCAGUCCUAUGCGGGUGUAAACAAAAUGAGUGUGCAAAACCUGGCUACUGUAUUUGGUCCCAACAUCCUGCGCCCAAAAGUGGAAGAUCCUCUCACCAUCAUGGAGGGUACUGCAGUAGUCCAGCAGCUGAUGUCAGUGAUGAUAAGUGAACAUGAACAGCUAUUUCCCAAGGACACAGACUUUCAGGCAGGGGAGGAGGUGUGCAAUAACAACAAUGAGAUCCAGAAGAAAAUGAUCAUUGGUCAGCUCCAGAAUAAAGAGACCAAUAACAACAAGGAGACAGCGGUGAGAAGCUGUUCUUGGGACACACCUGAGCCUCUCCAGAGGGCAAGCAUGGACAAUGGGUCUCCCACAGUGCUGCCAGGGAGCAAGUCAAACAGUCCAAGGAACAGCAUUCACAAACCUGAUGUCACAAGAAGCCCACCUCUCAUGGUGAAAAAAAACCCAGCCUUUAAUAAAGGCAGUGGCAUAGUCACCAAUGGGUCCUUCAGCAGCUCUGUGGAGGGCCAUGAGAAAACCCAGACCUUACCAAAUGGUACCCUGCAGGCCAGGAGAACAUCAUCCCUGAAAGGUCCAGUUACUAAAAUGGGCACACACAGCAUGCAGAAUGGAGGCGUGCGAAUGGGCAUUUCAAGCACGGAUGCACACAGCAACUCCCUGAACAGCCGAAACCUGAGCUGGAUGCCCAAUGGGUAUGUCACGUUGAGGGACAGUAAACAAAAGGAAUUGGUGAGUGAUUCGGGCCAGCAUAACAGACUCUCCACCUAUGACAAUGUCCACCAGCAGUUCUCCAUGGUGAAUUCGGAUGAUAAACAGAGCGUAGAUAGUGCCACCUGGUCCACAUCCUCUUGUGAAAUAUCCCUACCCGAACACUCCAACUCCUGUCGAUCGUCUACAACCACCUGCCCCGAGCAAGACUUUUAUGGGGGUAAUUUUGAAGACUCAGUGCUAGAUGGGCCACCACAUGAAGACCUCUCCAACCAAGGAGACUAUGAGAGUAAAACUGACCGAAGAAGCGUGGGAGGACGCAGCAGCCGGGCCACCAGCAGCAGCGAUAACAGUGAAACGUUUGUCGCAAACAACACGAGCAACCACAGUGCUCUGCACAGCCUAGUAUCCAGCUUAAAGCAGGAGAUGGCAAAACAGAAGGUGGAGUAUGAAACAAGGAUAAAGAGCUUGGAACAGAGAAACCUCACCCUUGAGACAGAAAUGAUGACCCUGCACGAUGAGCUGGACCAGGAAAGGAAGAAGUUUACAAUGGUAGAAAUCAAAAUGCGCAAUGCAGAGCGGGCCAAAGAAGAUGCAGAGAAGAGGAACGACAUGCUGCAAAAAGAGAUGGAGCAGUUUUUCUCAACAUUUGGAGAACUAACAGUGGAGCCUCGCAGGCCUGAGAGAGGCAACACCAUAUGGAUUCAGUGAGCAUUCUAAGCUGAGACUGUGGGAUUCUGGGAAGGGAUGUUGGGGUAUUAUACUGUUUCAGGUGGCUGGUCACCUGACUGAGGCUAGCACUCAACAAAAUGUUGUAAACCAUUGAAGGAAGAAAUACCUACAGACAUUAACCACCCAUACUGCAGUGUGUACUUAUCAAGUUAUCGUACUUUUUGAAUGCUUCAUAAUGCUAGUGUCAAGUGUUACAACUGAAUGUGUAUAUAGGUUUUAAAAAAAAAGUCAUCUUAAAGAGAGAGCGAGAGACAUAUCUCACAAAAUAUUUUAAUGCAAGUCUUGUAUUUAAACUGGUAAAUUGAAAUGUUGUUGCAAUCAAGCUUUAUAUCAAGGCUUUUCUCCCUUGCACUUAACAUAAUAAGCUAUUUUUGGCAUUGUGUUACCAUCAGCUUAUUUUGUAUAUCAAUUUUUUUUGUUACCCUUCUUGCGUGGGGGGGGGGGAACUAAAGAUAAACAAAUAUAUAUAAUGUUAGUUAUUAAAACAAGAGAUAAUGUGUGGCUGUGCUGUUUGUGCCAAUGGACUUGCCCAUGACCAAAAAGAAAAGUGUAAAUAAUUUUAUAAAAAUAUAACAUUAACAUCUGA